GAGCAGAGCAGCACGAACGCCGCCUCGGAUCUCGCCGGGGAGGCAAGCGUUAAGGGGAGGCGGGGAGUGACGCGCUUUGCGUCUGGAGCGGCUCCUUGGAGUCCACGGCAUCCAGCGCCCGAGCCUCGCCUUCCUUUCUCCCUCCGCAGACAUCGAGACACAAAAAGAGAAGCGGCUCCUGGACCAGCGAGGGGACCAUGACCGAGACCACCAAGACGCACGUCAUCCUGCUCGCCUGCGGCAGCUUCAAUCCCAUCACCAAAGGGCACAUUCAGAUGUUCGAAAGAGCCAGAGAUUAUCUGCACAAAACUGGAAGGUUCAUUGUGAUUGGCGGGAUCGUCUCUCCUGUCCACGACUCCUAUGGAAAGCAGGGCCUUGUGUCGAGCCGGCAUCGUCUCAUCAUGUGUCAGCUAGCCGUCCAGAACUCCGAUUGGAUCAGGGUGGACCCAUGGGAGUGCUAUCAGGACACCUGGCAGACGACCUGCAGCGUGUUGGAACACCAUCGGGACCUCAUGAAGCGGGUGACUGGCUGCAUCCUUUCCAACGUCAACACACCCUCCAUGACACCCGUGAUCGGACAGCCCCAAAACGAGAACUCCCAGCCAAUUUACCAGAACAAUGUGUCCACCAAGCCCACUGCAGCCAAGAUCUUGGGGAAGGUGGGAGAAAGCCUAAGCCGGAUCUGCUGUGUCCGCCCGCCCGUGGAGCGCUUCACUUUUGUGGAUGAGAAUGCCAACCUGGGCACGGUGAUGCGGUACGAGGAGAUUGAGCUGCGGAUCUUGUUGCUGUGUGGCAGUGACUUGCUGGAGUCCUUCUGCAUCCCAGGGCUCUGGAACGAAGCAGAUAUGGAGGUGAUUGUCGGGGACUUUGGGAUCGUGGUGGUGCCCCGGGACGCGGCCGACACAGACCGAAUCAUGAACCACUCCUCAGUGCUCCGCAAAUACAAAAACAACAUCAUGGUGGUGAAGGAUGACAUCAACCAUCCCAUGUCUGUUGUCAGCUCAACCAAGAGCAGGCUGGCCCUGCAGCAUGGGGACGGCCACGUCGUGGAUUACCUGUCCCAGCCCGUCAUUGACUACAUUCUCAAGAGCCAGCUGUACAUCAACGCGUCGGGCUAGCGGCCACACAGCCCCUGCUCCACUCCCCCCGUGUCCUCCGCCAGCACACUGGCCCCUGCGGCCCCUCCGGUCCCCGUCAGUCCCUGUCUCUCUCCUGCCUCUCUGUCCCUCCAUCUCAUCUUGACUGUUCUCCCGGUCGCCGACUCGAGCCCCCACAGUGUGGGGACCUGCAGGAACCACGGCAUCCCUCCUUCGCAGUCAUCUUUGGACAGCCUUCCUCUGGUCUCCGGGUUGGGGGUGGGUAAGGGAAUAGGGGUGGGAGCUGGGGGAAGUGCCGUCCUUGGAGAUGUGCUGGUGUCCAUCUCCCAGCAUGCUCUAGAGAGUGGCUCUGGUGCCCAUCCUCCCAGCAUGCUCUGGGGAGGCGGCUCUGGCUCUCGCCUUCCCAGCAUGCCCUUUACCACAAAGGGCUAUUUUUUUUCUUCUCUGUUUUUUUGUUUGUUGUUGUUUUGUUUUGUUUUGAUUUUGAUUGUCGUUCACGCCUCAUAGAACUUGGAUGAAAUCAGUG